AUGGGUCUGGUUUGUGAAGGGGGAAGGGGAAACCGUUUUGGAGCCGAUAAAAAGGGCCCGUUCGCCAGGGGAGAGCAUCAGUUCGCUGUUCGCACUCGACUCGACAGCACUUCUACUCUCUCGUAAGCCAAGAUGACCGGACGUGGAAAGGGAGGAAAGGGUCUGGGAAAGGGAGGCGCCAAGCGGCAUCGCAAGGUCCUGCGAGACAACAUCCAGGGCAUCACCAAGCCCGCCAUCCGCCGCCUGGCCAGACGCGGUGGUGUCAAGCGCAUCUCCGGUCUGAUCUACGAGGAGACUCGCGGAGUCCUCAAGGUCUUCCUUGAGAACGUCAUCCGGGACGCCGUGACCUACACCGAGCACGCCAAGAGGAAGACCGUCACCGCCAUGGACGUCGUCUACGCCCUCAAGAGGCAGGGCCGAGCUGAACAAACUGCUCUCGGGAGUCACCAUCGCUCAGGGAGGUGUGCAAUGGCUCGUACCAAGCAGACCGCUCGCAAGUCCACGGGAGGCAAGGCCCCGCGCAAGCAGCUGGCGACCAAGGCCGCUCGCAAGAGCGCCCCGGCCACCGGCGGAGUGAAGAAGCCCCACCGCUACAGGCCCGGAACCGUCGCCCUCCGCGAGAUCCGUCGCUACCAGAAGAGCACGGAGCUGCUCAUCCGCAAGCUGCCCUUCCAGCGGCUCGUGCGCGAGAUCGCCCAGGACUUCAAGACCGACCUGCGCUUCCAGAGCUCGGCCGUGAUGGCCCUGCAGGAGGCCAGCGAGGCCUACCUGGUCGGCCUCUUCGAGGACACCAACCUCUGCGCCAUCCACGCCAAGCGCGUCACCAUCAUGCCCAAGGACAUCCAGCUGGCGAGACGUAUCCGUGGAGAACGUGCCUAAUUCCUUUUAUUACCUUUGACCCUUUCAAAUA